AUUGAAUUAGAACCUGUAAAGCUUCUGUCUACAGAAGACCACCUGGAGCACGCCCUGGCUAUUGAGAGAAGAAGAAUCCGACUGGGCUAUGAACAGGUCUUUCAGAACCUAAUGCAGGAGAGUAAUAAGGAAGAUACUUUUGAAGAGAAAGAUGCGGUUUCAACUGACCUUACUCAUGUACAGAGUAUUGAGCUUGUCCAGCCUCCUCAUGCAAACCAUCAUGGAAACACUUUUGGUGGCCAGAUCAUGGCUUGGAUGGAGACAGUGGCAAGUAUUUCCGCAAGCCGUCUUUGUCGUUCAUAUCCCGUCUUGAAAUCAGUCAAUAUGUUUAAAUUCUGGGGACCAUCCCUUGUGGGUGACCGUCUUGUCUUCAAUGCAAUUGUGAACAAUACAUUUCAGAAUAGCGUGGAGGUUGGUGUCCGUGUUGAGGCUUUUAACUGUGAAGAAUGGAUCAAGGACCAAGCACGGCAUAUUAACAGCGCAUUUCUCAUUUUUAAGACUGUAAAUGACAAAGGAGAGCUGUUCACCUUCCCCAGAAUCAAACCUACUACAAAGGAUGGUGUGAGGCGAUACCAUGGAGCUAUUGCCCGAAGGAGAAUUCGACUAGCCAGAAAAUGCAUGUUGUCUGCUAAAGAAGACAAACCUUCUGAUCCCUGGGAGAGAAGCAACCAGGCAUAUGUGAGUUACAGCAAUAUAGCUGCACUGACACACCUAGCAGCAAAACCAGGAUGGGAAAUAACCAGUACACUGGAUGAUAUAAAAAUAUGGACUCAUGAGGAGGGUGAUGUGUUGUCACUCAAAGUUGAAAUGCAAGUGAAGAUACCGUCACAUCUAGCUUUCGCCCUUUUGUCUGACUUCACAUUCCGCCAACAAUGGGACAAACAUUUCCUAAGCUGUGAGGUCCUACAGGCUGUGAAUGAAGAUGAGAAGAUAUAUUAUGUUACGUCUCCACCCAUGACUGGCCAUAAACCCAGAGACUUUGUGAUUCUUGUGUCUCAAAGGCAACCCUGUAAGCCAAGUGAACCCUACAUAGUAGCUGUAAAGUCAGUUACCCUCACGUCUAUGCCACCUUCUCCAGAAUACUGCAGAAGUGAAAUCCUUUGUGCCGGAUUCCAGAUCUACAGUGACAGCAACAGCUCCUGUACAGUGUGUUACUUCAAUCAAGUGACAUCAGGUGUUAUGCCGUACUUAGCUGCAAAUCUUACUGGCUCAUCAAAAUCCAUUGAAGACACUGCUUUGGAAUGUAUGAAGUUCUUGGAGCAGCAAGUACUGCAGUUAAAAACGGAUUUCUGA